AAGCGCACUCACGGCACAGACUCCGUACAGCCGUGGCGCCAUCGAGUUUCGCUUUUCGUCGUUCACGGUACGUCGCUGCGGGCCGCUGAGCGCCGACCAGACGACAGUUUGCCCUGUGUGCCUGGACGGGGUGGUUGUCAUCUCGAUCAGUUUCGAAUUGUGAAACGUUCGCACGCCUUCGUAGUGGUAUCGCGUGAGAAACGGCGACGGCCAACGUGUGCGGUUCGUGUCCGCGGAUCGACCCCACGAUCUCUCUCGGAGUGAUCGUUCGUACGCGUUUCAAACUCGACACAUGCGGUGGGAAAUCGUCGGCGGAGAGCGGAGAGAGGACAACAGCAGAACCGGCAACGAUUCGAGAAAUGAGCCCACAUGAUCGUUCGCGAUCGCACGACGAUUUGACAAAUCGCGGUAUGACGCGAUGAUCCCCGAGGUGUUCGUUGCAACAUUUACCUUGACUACGUUGCGCGUGGAUUUUUGUCGUCUAUUGUCCGCCGUCUGAGCAGUGUGUUCGGUGGUGAAAAAAAGAAGGAAAGAGAAAGAAAAUAAAUAUCAAGUGGUCUGGAAGCGAGAGAGGGAAAAGUAAAAGUAAAAGGAAAGUUAUUUUCGUUUGUUUACUCGCGUUCGUCGCGCGAAUCAUGGGUGAUGUGUACAGGCUAGUUAGUGACCCGCUCGUAAAGGAUACACCCGCGGACAGAAGAAAAAUCGACGUGACCAUGCCGCUCGCAAGAAUGAAUCACCAACGCGAGUCAUCCGAGCACCGUUCGUCGACCGAUUCGCUACCACACUCGACACGGGUAAGUGACAAGUAUCAAAGAUUACUGUCCUACGAAACACGCACACGUGUAAGUAACUUGCAAGUUUCUGAUAAUCCAGUAUCUCGCGAAUGUUUGAUUGAAUUAUUUGAUACGAACGAAAAAUCAUCGAAUCCCAAUAGUUGUAUAAACUAUUUUUUUUUAUUUCUCGACAAGCUCAUGUCAAAUAGACAUUUGUUGUAG